AUGCGCGCUUUUAUACCACGGGCCAGCGCGAGCCUGACGAAUUGGGUGAUUGGCCAUCCCCUAGAACUGAUAUCCCACUACACCCGCGAUUUCAACAGUGUCCCGCCGCGAUGCCUUAUCCCUGGCUAUCCAGACGACCCCAAAUCCCGAUUCCGCGAUGAGCUCGACGAGGAGGUAUCCAAGCAGAAUCACAACAUUGGGGCGUGGAAGAGCGUCAGGUCGUUGGAGCAGUUUUGGGAGAUGAUGGCAUUCCGCCAGGAAUGCUCUAGCGGGCGUUUGACCGGAUUUAUCUGGUUGGUUUUCGACUCAAGCGAACCGUCCUCGAACGCUCCCUCGGCAGGCCGUCCGGAAACAAAGCUUACGGCUCCCAAAGCCCCCUCCGAUCUGUCUUUGCCGCCAGUCAUGCCUGCAACGCCGCCUCGGCGACAGCUCGCUAUCUCGACUUCUGAUACCACACCCCCGCCCCGACCAUCCAAAGCGCCUGCGAAGAAACCUAGGAAGAAAGCGAAAAAGAAGCUGUUAGGUCGGAUAGUACCGCGGACACCCAAGAUCAAAACACAUGCGCGCAGUUACAAGGCCAACCGCCCGACGGUCACGGCCUACUAUUACUGGCCGCGCGAAGCCCGCGGGGAUAAGUUGGUGGAGGAAGCAGAGUACAAGCGCAUCGUCGAUUUGUUACUUCACCUGGACUUCUCGACUCUUGACAAGACGGUGGGCAGCUCUACGCGAUGGCUCAACGAAGUCGGCAUGGGCGACGGCGGGGAGUGGGGUGUUGUGGCAGGCAAAGCAGCCAUCCCCAGCUCGCCACGAGUCAGCGAUACCACCUCCAACACCAGUGGGAAUGUAACCAACCUGACUGGGCUGAUCAGAAGAAAGAACGCACCCGCUCCAUCAGAACCCGGUAACAGCCAACAGCCGGACUCGGCGGCCAAGGAACCGACCGAACCCGCAAAAGUAAAUGUCCUAGGCACGAACUUAGUACGAAAGAGGAAGAAAGGGGCCGAAGACAGUUAA